CACCGCCUAGAGCCCGCCUCCUAUAAAGACUGCUGGCGCAUGCGGCCCGCUAGAGCACUGGCUGCCAGGGCUCCGCCGCGACCCCGCCGGCCUAGCUGUGAGGCUGACGCGAGAGUCUUGAAGCCUACCUCAGCUCAAAAAGAAAAAUGAAGUACAUACUAGUUACCGGUGGUGUAAUAUCAGGAAUUGGAAAAGGAGUCAUUGCCAGCAGUGUGGGUACAAUACUGAAGUCCUGUGGCUUACAUGUAACUUCAAUUAAAAUUGAUCCCUACAUUAACAUUGAUGCAGGAACCUUCUCUCCAUAUGAGCAUGGUGAAGUCUUUGUGCUAGAUGAUGGUGGAGAAGUUGACCUUGACCUGGGAAACUAUGAACGAUUCCUUGAUAUUCGCCUUACCAAGGACAAUAAUCUGACCACAGGGAAAAUAUACCAGUACGUCAUUAACAAGGAGCGCAAAGGAGAUUACUUGGGGAAAACUGUCCAAGUUGUCCCUCACAUCACAGAUGCAAUCCAGGAGUGGGUGAUGAGACAGGCUUUAAUCCCUGUAGAUGAAGAUGGCCUGGAACCUCAAGUGUGUGUCAUCGAGCUUGGCGGAACAGUAGGUGAUAUUGAAAGCAUGCCCUUUAUCGAGGCCUUCCGCCAGUUCCAGUUCAAGGUCAAGAGGGAGAACUUUUGUAAUAUCCACGUCAGUUUAGUUCCUCAGCCAAGUUCAACAGGGGAACAGAAGACAAAGCCUACCCAGAACAGUGUUCGGGAGCUUAGAGGGCUCGGGCUCUCCCCUGACCUGGUGGUAUGCAGGUGCUCAAAUCCUCUUGACACAUCUGUGAAAGAGAAAAUAUCAAUGUUCUGUCAUGUGGAACCUGAACAAGUGAUCUGUGUCCAUGAUGUCUCAUCCAUCUACCGGGUCCCCCUGUUGUUAGAAGAGCAAGGUGUUGUAGACUAUUUUCUUCGGAGACUGGACCUUCCUAUUGAGAGGCAAUCACGAAAAAUGCUGAUGAAGUGGAAAGAGAUGGCAGACAGAUAUGAUCGCUUACUUGAGACCUGCUCAAUUGCCCUUGUGGGGAAGUACACCAAAUUCUCAGACUCAUAUGCCUCUGUCAUAAAAGCUCUAGAACAUUCUGCAUUAGCCAUCAACCACAAACUGGAAAUCAAGUAUAUAGACUCCACAGACCUGGAGCCCAGCACCCUGCAAGAGGAGCCUGUCCGCUACCACGAAGCAUGGCAGAAGCUCUGUAGUGCUCAUGGAGUGCUGGUUCCAGGAGGAUUUGGUGUUCGAGGAACAGAAGGAAAAAUUCAAGCAAUUGCCUGGGCUCGGAAACAGAAAAAACCUUUCUUGGGCGUGUGUUUAGGAAUGCAGCUGGCAGUGGUUGAAUUUUCAAGAAAUGUUCUGGGAUGGCAAGAUGCCAAUUCUACAGAGUUUGAUCCUAAGACCAGUCAUCCUGUGGUCGUAGACAUGCCAGAACACAACCCUGGACAGAUGGGCGGAACCAUGAGGCUGGGCAAGAGGAGAACCCUGUUCCAGACCAAGAACUCAGUCAUGAGGAAACUCUACGGUGACAUAGACUACUUGGAAGAGAGACACCGCCACCGAUUCGAGGUGAAUCCAGUCUUGAAAAAGUGCUUGGAGGAGCAAGGUUUGAAGUUUGUUGGCCAAGACGUUGAAGGUCAAAGGAUGGAAAUUGUGGAGUUGGAAGAUCACCCUUUCUUUGUUGGGGUCCAGUACCACCCCGAGUUCCUGUCCAGGCCUAUCAAGCCCUCUCCACCCUACUUUGGCCUACUCCUGGCCUCUGUGGGGCGGCUCCCGCAUUACCUCCAGAAAGGCUGCCGGCUUUCUCCCAGGGACACUUACAGUGACAGAAGUGGGAGCAGCUCCCCCGACUCUGAAAUCACAGAGCUGAAGUUUCCAUCAAUAAAUCAUGACUGAUCCCUAGGAUGAUUCUUCAAGAAAGCUUUCAACUUUGAUAAGAGUUUACAGCUUUGAUUUUACACUCAGCUUUUGACACUUCCUUUAAAUUAUGUUUUUAUUGAGAUUAUUUUAUUAUGGGGAAAGGUAUUUGGAAAACUUUGUCACUUGCAUGUCCCAUCAUUUAUACUGGCUUCUUUGACACGUUGACUGUUGCCAUGACACUUGACACUCUACUCUGUGGUUUGAGUUUCUGAGAUAGGAAGCCGGACUGACUGGGAACUGCUGAUAGCCAGAGGUAAGCGGGCCAUCAACACCUUGUUUCUCAAACUACCUCGCAUCGCAUCGCCAGUGGAUUUGAGUGCGUUGCCUGGUGAUUUUCCUUGGGUUUUCUGGGGCCUUACAGUGCCCAGUGCCAUGUGGACUUACGCAGCUAGUGCUGGUGCCUGGGGGCAUUGCCAUAUAGAGCAGUGUGAUUCCACCCAAAAUUUCAGUGCUGCUCAAUGUAGGGGAUUCUCGGUGCCAGCUGGGGCAGGUCCUCAUCCAAGGGGAUGUCCAGUUUGAUGCCACAUGAAAUGACAGGCUGUCUCUGAAGUCUGGCUCAAAGACCCUGUGCCUCUGGCUAUGCUUCCUGUUCCUGGGCCUGGGGACACUCCUUGCAUCAAGGGGUCACUUAAAAACAAGGGAUCUUUGGGGAAGUUGUCUCUAAAACCCUCUGGUGUGCACUUGGCUCUGCCUUGAGGGUGCUCUUUGUUCCAGAAUGGUGUUACUACAGUUGAAAUGCAAUAUGAAAAGUUAUUUUCUUAAUAUGGCACAGUAAUAGGCAUGGCUGUGUGCUUGCCCUAUUCUGGCUGGAUGUAGUAUUACUCUUAAAUAAAUAAUGGAGAACCAGA